AUGCCCGACUACAUAAUGGUGUUCAACACAUCAGCUGAAACAUUUCGGUUGAUGUCUCGUCCUGCCCGAUUGUCCAACUGCUUACAGGAGUCAUUGCUGGAGAUGAAUGACACUCUUGCUUUGUGCAGCAUCAGCAGUGACAAACGCACCGUAGAUGUCUGGGUGUUACAGGACUAUGAUGCUAAGACCUGGUCUUUCAAGCAUCGGAUUAAUUUGACUGGGGUGGAUCCAUCAGCGCUUGUUGAUCGAGAGGUGAUAAUGAGCCCUAGGAUGGCUGCUCUCAAUGAGGGUGUGCUGCUGGUCCAGUUCACUUGUAGGCGUGUGUUGCAUUUUGACAUAGAUGGCAAGUUCUUAGGAUAUGUGAAGAGCAAAGAUGACCAAGAAAUCGACUUGUGGGUUACCAAUCAUUACCUCCAGGGGAGCGUUAUUCCCCUUCCACUGUCCCAUGAGAUGAGAGAAGAAGAUAGUGAAAAUCAGGAGCCUCCAUUUUUCGUAGGACUGUAG